AUGAAUGGGAUGAUACAUCCCAAAGUCAACAUUGAUGAAUUAGCAAUGCCAAAUGCAUUGCACUCACCAUUCUCUUUUCUUUGUUUCUUUUUCUCUCUUGGCUACGCUAUUGCUUCUCUAACAGACCCUCAUCACAUCAACUAUGAAGAGUAA